AUGCCAAAUGAAGAUUUUGCUAUGAAAAGACAAAUAUGUAAAAAUAUGUUGCCUCGCUCUGUUUUGAGCAAGGAUUCCUGUUCUACCUGGGGUGGAGGGCAUUUUUCAACAUUUGAUAAAUACCAGUAUGACUUCACUGGGACCUGCAACUAUAUCUUUGCAACUGUAUGUGAUGAAACCAGCCCAGACUUCAACAUUCAGUUCCGCCGCGGGCUUGACAAAAAAAUUGCGAGGAUCAUUAUUGAGCUGGGACCUUCCGUGGUCAUUGUUGAGAAAGGCAGCAUUUCUGUCAGGAGCGUUGGUGUCAUUAAGUUGCCUUACACCAGCAAUGGAAUUCAAAUAGCGCCUUACGGGCGCAACACCCGUCUGGUGGCCAAGCUGAUGGAAAUGGAGCUAGUUGUCAUGUGGAACAAUGAUGACUAUCUCAUGGUUUUGACUGAAAAAAAAUAUAUGGGGAAAACCUGUGGAAUGUGUGGAAAUUAUGAUGGUUAUGAAUUGAAUGAAUUUGUGAAUGAAGGUAAAUUGCUGGAUACAUAUAAAUUUGCUGCAUUACAAAAAAUGGAUGAUCCAUCAGAGAUCUGCCUGUCUGAGGAGAUAUCAAUUUCCACCGUUCCUCACAAAAAAUAUGCCAUGAUCUGCUCUCAGCUACUUAACUUGGUCUCCCCAACCUGCAGUGUGCCUAAGGAUGGAUUUGUCAUUCGUUGCCAGCUUGAUAUGCAGGACUGCAGUGAACCAGGACAAAACAAUUGCACUUGCUCUACACUAUCAGAGUAUUCAAGGCAAUGUGCCAUGUCCCAUCAAAUGGUCUUCAACUGGAGAACUGAAAACUUCUGCUCUGUGGGAAGAUGUUCUGCUAAUCAAAUCUAUGAGGAAUGUGGGUCUCCGUGUAUUAAAACCUGUUCCAACCCAGAGUACAGCUGUUCCAGUCACUGUACCUAUGGUUGCUUUUGUCCAGAAGGAACUGUUCUUGAUGACAUCUCAAAGAAUCGAACGUGUGUCCACAUUCAGCAGUGUCCGUGUACACUGAAUGGGAAGAUAUAUGCUCCUGGUGAGACAAUGAAAGCAGCAUGUAGGACCUGUAAAUGUACGAUGGGUCAAUGGAACUGCAAAGACUUGCCCUGCCCUGGAAGAUGUUCGCUAGAAGGAGGCUCCUUUGUUACUACAUUUGAUUCUAGAUCAUACAGGUUCCAUGGGGUUUGCACUUAUAUUCUUAUGAAGAGUUCCAGCCUGCCACACAAUGGAACCCUAAUGGCUGUAUAUGAAAAGUCUGGUUAUUCUCAUUCUGAGACUUCACUCAGUGGUAUAAUUUACCUGUCUGCAAAGGACAAAAUUGUGAUUUCUCAGAAUGAACUCCUUACUGAUGAUGAUGAACUUAAGCGGCUACCUUACAAAUCAGGAGACAUCACUAUUUUCAGACAAUCCUCAAUAUACAUUCAAAUGUAUACAACCUUUGGGCUGGAAGUUGUAGUUCAAACAUCACCUGUGUUCCAGGCCUAUGUGAAAGUUGGAUCACAAUUCAAAGGCAGAACCCUAGGUUUGUGUGGCAAUUACAAUGGAGACACUACAGAUGACUUCAUGACUAGCAUGGAUAUCACUGAAGGGACAGCCUCCCUGUUCGUAGAUUCCUGGAGGGCAGGAAAUUGCCAUCCUGCUUUAGAGAGAGAUACUGACCCUUGUGCUUUGAGUCAACUGAACAAAAUAUCUGCUGAGACUCAUUGCUCCAUUCUUACGAAGAAGGGUACAGUGUUUGAGAAAUGCCAUGCUGUGGUGAACCCUAUUCCUUUCUACAAGAGAUGUGUCUAUCAAGCCUGUAAUUAUGAAGAGACUUUUCCUUAUAUUUGUUCUGCUUUGGGAUCGUAUGCACGGACAUGCAGUUCAAUGGGUUUAAUCCUUGAGAACUGGAGAAACAUUAUGGACAAUUGUACCAUUACUUGUACUGGCAAUCAAACAUUCAGCUACAACACUCAGGCAUGUGACAGGACGUGCUUGUCACUCUCCAACCGAGCCCUGGAAUGUCAUCCAACUGACAUCCCUAUUGACGGCUGCCAUUGUUCUGAAGGAAUGUACUUGAACCACAAGAAUGAGUGUGUUCGUAAAUCUCAUUGUCCCUGCUAUUUUGAAGAUCGAAAGUACAUCUUGCCUGACCAGUCGAUAAUGGCUGGUGGGAUUACCUGCUACUGCGUUAAUGGGAGGCUAAGUUGCACAGGCAAACCUCAAAAUCCUGCAGAAAGCUGCAAAGCUCCUAAGAAAUAUGUGUCAUGCUCUGACAAUUUAGAAAAUAAGUAUGGAGCUGCAUGUGCCCCCACCUGUCAGAUGCUGGCUACUGGAAUUGAAUGUAUACCCACUAAAUGUGAAUCAGGCUGUGUCUGUGCUGGUGGGCUAUAUGAAAAUCUUGAUGGCGGGUGUGUUCCAGCUGAGGAGUGUCCAUGUGAAUAUGGUGGUCUAGCUUAUGGAAAAGGUGAACAGCUCCAAACUGAAUGCGAAAUCUGCACCUGCACAAAAGGCAAAUGGAAAUGUGUUCAGAAAUCAAAAUGUUCCUCAACGUGUAAUCUGUAUGGAGAAGGCCACAUCACCACUUUUGAUGGACAGCGUUUUGUGUUUGAUGGCAACUGUGAAUAUAUAUUAGCUAUGGAUGGCUGCAGUGUUAACAGACCUGUUUCCUCUUUCAAAAUUGUUACUGAGAAUGUCAUCUGUGGGAAAUCAGGGGUUACAUGCUCCAGAUCCAUCAGCAUUUACCUUGGGAAUUUGACAAUCAUACUGAGAGAUGAAACCUUCACUAUUUCUGGGGAAAAUCCUGAAGUACGAUAUAAUGUGAAAAAUAAUGCCCUUCACCUGAUGUUUGAUAUCAUUAUCCCAGGAAAAUACAACAUGACCCUUAUCUGGAAUAAGCACAUGAACUUCUUCAUCAAGAUCUCCAGAGAAACACAGGAAACUAUAUGUGGUUUGUGUGGGAACUAUAAUGGCAAUAUGAAGGAUGAUUUUGAAACUCGAAGCAAGUAUGUGGCAUCAAAUGAAUUGGAAUUUGUUAAUUCUUGGAAAGAGAAUCCUCUCUGUGGGGAUGUAUACUUUGUAGUAGACCCCUGUAGCAAGAAUCCUUAUCGUAAAGCAUGGGCAGAAAAGACCUGUUCCAUCAUCAACAGCCAAGUCUUUUCUGCCUGUCACAAUAAGGUGAAUCGUAUGCCCUAUUAUGAGGCAUGCGUUCGAGACUCCUGUGGUUGUGACAUUGGAGGGGACUGUGAAUGCAUGUGCGAUGCCAUUGCAGUGUAUGCCAUGGCAUGCUUAGAUAAAGGUAUCUGCAUUGACUGGAGGACCCCUGAGUUCUGUCCCGUCUAUUGUGAGUAUUACAAUUCUCAUAAAAAAACAGGAAGUGGUGAUGCUUAUUCCUAUGGCUACAACAACGACAACUGCACCUGGCAUUACAGGCCUUGUAAUUGUCCAAAUCAAAACUACAAAUAUGUCAACAUUGAAGGCUGUUACAACUGCUCACGUGAUGAAUACUUUGAUUAUGAGAAUGAAAGAUGCAUACCAUGUGCAGAGCAGCCUAAACUAACGAGAACCUCAACCACAAGUACCCUACCAACAGUACCUAGUAUUUCAUCCUCUGCAGCUACUAUAUCAACUGAGACUACAAAUCCAACAAUAACCUCAAAAAUCACAGUUCCAAGAACAUCAUCAGCACCACCUCUUGUCACAGUGAAGUCAAUAACUGAACAUACAACAUCAAUUUUAACCACACCAAAUGUGACUACAAUGAUCAUUACCCCUUCCAUAACUACCCCAACAAAAAGAACCAUGACCAUUAAACCUACACCUGCUGCCUCACCAACUGCUGCUUCAACAGAGACGGAAAAAGUAGAGUUCACCACGCCACCCUUCAAGACCACUAUCAAAAAGGAAACGACAGCUACCUCAAUACCUACUCAAACCACACUUCACAUCACAACUUUCAGCAAGCCUAAACUAACAACAGUAGAGAGUGAGGGAACCCAAGCAACCACUCUGCACCACCAAGCCCCAGAAGCAAGGGAGCCAACCAGAGCUAAGACUCCAACUAGUAAAGUAGUAACAG